AUGUGGAACGGUCUCGACAGCGGUGGUGGUGUUAACUUGGCUGGUCGGUCAUCAGGACUGAGCAAGGCCCGAUUCCUCCAACAACAGCGGGCUCAAAGGCAGAAACGGGAGCAGGACCGGAGGAGGGUCGUGGCAGCGGGGCUCAUCCAGCGCGUAUAUCGUGGCCGGCGCGAGGCAUCACGAGUGGCCCGCGAGAUCCGGGCUACUGUAGACAAGCGUAACGGUGACUUGAUUAAGGUAAUGGACACACUCGGCUUGGAUGACUCUGUCAUCGGCAAGUUCCUCGGCAAGGCACUUCCUGGACAAGUUCAACGCUUGCUGUUCGCUCAUUGUAUACGAUCGGACCGAGCUGAGGACCGACGAAUAGCUGCGGCCACUGCUAACUUGGUCGUCCGACACCAUCAGCUCAGUGGGGCCUCUUCCACUGAUUCUGUUGAAAGCCCAUUCUUAUCUUGCUACCCACGAGGCCUGUUACCACGCUUCUUAUCACUCCUGUUGGACCUUGACGUGCCCGCCGGAUUCGACCUGGCCCUGGUUCUUCCCCAGAAUCAGAUAGCCAAGGCAGCCACAACACCCACUAGGGUCCGCGCCCUGGCUGUGGGCAUUUGGAGAGACCCAUCGCGUUCGAUGAAACUCCUCCAUAACCCCGAGAUAGGCGGACAGCUUGCGUUGGUCACUAUCGCUCAGGGGUCCACAGUAGACCGGGAUGAGCCAGAGUUCAGUGAAAUCACGAAUAUAGCAGUCCGUCACCUAGAGAGUGUUUACCCUAACAUCGAGGAAACUCUCUCCCGCUGUUUUGCAGAAGCUUCUACUGAUGAGGGAAUGUCAUUGCUAUCGCGCAACUUGUGCCGCUGGAUCGAGACUUCAGCCAACAGCGGUAUAUCGAGUGCAGUGGUCCGAGCUGUCUGGUGGAGCUCACGGUCCCGGGGCAAUUCCAAUGACCUGCUGCUAUCCCCGCAUGUUAUGAAGGCGUUGGCUCGGCAAGGGGACGAUGAGGCGAUCUGGGCCCUUCUGGGCCUCUACUUUGGCAGUCACUGCUCCGUCGUCCUCGGCAGCGACACUAGAGUGUUACUAGCCUCGAUUCCGAGGAUACACCAGGUCGUCGUACGGCGAUUCAUACAGCCAUGUCUGGUCCCUCCUAGCGGUACGGAUAACGCCAAGGAGGCCCUGGCUCAGUCUUGCGUUGAUAGGGUGCUUUCUGGCGAUGAGUCUGUGUAUGUCGGCUUGAAUGCAUCGGCUACACUCUACAGUACAGCCCUGCAGGUUAUGGACGCUGACGAUCUGCGUAGUAAAGAUCGCAACCCUGUGGAUCCUGAUGUUUUGCGGUCGGCUAUACCUGUAUUGAACCUGGUGGCAUUUAAACUGCUCACAGCCACUGCUCAACCAGAGUGCGGAGAUCAGAUCAAAGCCAUCGUUGGUCGAGUAUGUAGACUUUGUCGUUCCUUGCAUGGCCGGAGGUCGACCCUCGGCCUCGACUCUGCUGAGUAUUGGGUUGUUCAUUCUACCCGACCGUUACUUCGGGCUGCAGCUGAUGUUAAGUUGGCAGACUUAGCAGUGGGUGAGGAUAAUGAGGAGGAUGAAGAUAUGGAGGAGGUCGACUACAUGGAUGAGGACGAGGGCAACUCUGGAGCUGCAGAGGAAACCCAAACUGGGCCCACCGUUGGGGAACCACAGCGCACUGGGCUGGCAACUGUCCACUACUUCUUUACGCCCAAGUCGAAUGGAAGGACACGAGGUCAUGAAGCUGAGCAGCGACAGCUUAGUUCGGUCCUUGCUGAACUCCCUCAUUCCGUGGCCUUCAAGGAUCGUGUCGCACUCUUCCACACCGUCUUAUUGAACGACCAUAGUGGCGGCGAGCGAAGGAAUGCUGAUUUGAUGUUCAUGAUGAGGUCACGACGCAAUGAGACACUGCAGACAGUCCACAGGGAUCCCGAUCUACUGUUGAAGGACGGACUUAAGAUGAUGGAGACUAUGUCCUCAUCAGGAUCGAGCCAUGCCCGAUGGCGUGUGGAGUGGGUCGAUGAGACCGGUGCCAUGGAGCCUGGUAUAGACGGUGGCGGGCUCUUCAAGGAGUUCCUCAAUCUGUGGACAACAGAGGCAUUCGGGAAGUUCUUUACCGUUGACGAGCGAGGAGGCGUUUAUCCCAUCCCUAACGCCACCCCCACUGUGGAGGAGCUGAACCAAGUCCGCAAUAUUGGAAGAGCAGUUGGGAAGGCCAUAUACGAAUUGAUCCUAAUCGAUACGAGGUUUUCCAUCGUCUUCCUCAACCGUCUCUUGGGAUUGCAGUUCUCCAUUGACGAAGUUGCAACUAUCGAUAAACAAGUGUGUAGGAGUCUGUUGUAUUUGCGGCACUGCUCGGCUGAGGAGGUAGCGGCGUUAUCGCUCAACUUCACGGUCACCGCUGGAGGUCGCGAUGUGGAUCUUCUACCCGGUGGAAGCACGACUCCGGUCACUGCGGAUAACCGAAUGCUUUACUUACUGCUGAUGACCAAGUUCAAAGCAUGCACACAAAUAGAGCAGCAAACUACAGCGUUUGUGGAAGGGGUCGGCGACAUCAUCCCUGUACAGUGGCUGCAGUUGUUCUGUCCGGAAGAAUUGAACAUGCUUGUAUCGGGAGAAGAGCGUCGUGGAUUUGAUGUUGAUGAUCUCCAACGGCACACUGAAUACUCCAACGGCUAUUUUGCCGAUCAUCCCAACAUCAGAGCCUUCUGGUACAUUGUUAAAGACCUAUUCACAGACGCUGAUCGAGAUGCGCUCCUCCGCUUUGUGACGAGUAACUCAAGACCGCCCCUGCUUGGUUUCAAAACACUAUCUCCUCUUUUCGCAAUCGCGAGAGUGGAUGACCCUGAGCGAUUACCAACCGCCAGCACUUGUGUUAAUCUACUUAAGUUGCCGGACUGUGGUGCUAAUGUGGAGAAGCUCCACAGGAAACUUCUAACUGCUAUCCAUGCGAAAGCAGGCUUUGGUUUAUCGUGAUAUAUUUACCACACUGAAUAUUCCUCAUUGCUAAUAUAUUGUUAUAAUUUCACCAGCAUACUUCUCCCCAA